GUCUUGGCCUAGCGGGCCUAGAACAACCCCCAUCUUCGAUGUGUUCGGUGUAUUCUGGCCCAGUUUGAAACCGGCGCUUCCAGACUCUCCCGUCACACAAAUUGAUGGAUUCCCUGGAUCAAACAAGAACUUCUUCCUCCUUCCUCCUGCGUCAUUCCACAGUUCGACCCGUCCGUCAUAUUUCUUCUACCGAUGCCCCUGAGAUUUUGUUUCAGCACACGUUGGAAUCUCCCACACUCGCCAUACUGAUUGAUUGCGACUUGCCCAACGUCCCACGCGACGUGCAACGUCAUCCGCCGACUUUAACUACGUAUCUGCCAGUUAUGCCAGGUUCAGACAACCUCUCGCCUCCAAAGCGAGUCGGGACUGCUGACCCAGGGGCCCAUGAUCUUGCUGAGUCUUCCGAAUCGGAUGACCACUUCUCCGAUGCCCAGUCCGCACCUCUGAGCCCUGCGACCUCGCCCACCCCGAGAACCAGAGUGGAGAAAGUCGACAACGAUCCAUCCCACGGAGAAGUUCCUGGCACGGAGGCUUAUCGCAAGCGAGAGGAAGAUGCAGUGCCCGACGAGAUUGCUGUCGUCGGAGACAAAACCUCAGAGAGCUCAGCCGCCGAUGGCAAUCAAACACCGCGCGGUAACAAUGUCAUUCCCAAGACUGUCAUCGAGGAGUCUACAGGCAACACAGGGGACCAUUCGGAAGAGUACAAGGAAAAGCGCAAGGCAGAUGCCGACGCAGACCUGGUGCUGAAAUCGGACGGUGAAGCUAAAGGGGAAGCUGCCUCUGAAACCGCUGCCUCUUCGAUGCCGGAGUUGACCAUCGCGGCAUCAUCUCCCCCGGGAGAGGGAGAGGAAUCAGAGGAAGUGCAGCCAUCCCUUGCCCUCCAAGACACAAAGCCCUCAUCGGUACAAGAAGACGAAGAAACCCCAGUGACAGAAGAGGACGAGGAGGAAUUUGGGGACGACUUCGAUGAUUUCGAGGAAGGUGGAGAUGAUGCAGAUUUUGACGACUUUGACGAAGGCUUCGAACAACCCAUGACGGAAGGGCCCCCAACUCCUAUGCCCUCGCAAGGAUUCGCGCCUACCACACUGCCUUUCCCGGUUCCCUACAUCAAUGACCUCGACGCAGAUGAAUUGUACACUGCCGUGGAUCCUUGUCUGAACGCUCUUUUCCCACCAGAAGAGCUUGACCUUCCCGCUCUCCCACCUCUUCCCAAAGAAAACCACUUCUUUCUCACCAACCGGAGCGCCUCCCUCUGGAAUCAGCUAGUGGCACCUCCUCCACUAUCACCUCCCGACUGGAUACGGUCCCGUAUCCGACGUCUUUUCCUCGUCUCCCUCGGCGUUCCCGUCGACCUCGACGAGAUCCUCCCAGCUUCGAAGCAGAAGAAGUUGGUCCUCCCCUCCUCGGUCCACCGCAAGACAUCCACUGGCUCCCUGGGCACCUCAUCGGACUCCCGGCCGGUCUCUCGUCUUCGCCAAUCGGAGGCCAACGCGUCAUCCACUAGCCUCGAUUCGCAUGGCAACCUAAAAUCCUCGAGCAAGACCCGUCGCAGGGGUCUUCCGCCCUUGCCCAACUUGGACCUCGUCGCCGCCCGCCAGCUCGCCACUACAACGGAUGAGGCCUUGAAUGGCAUGACCGAUCAUGAGCUCAAGAACCACGUCCAGAAGCUUGAGGAUACAGAGAGGAUAGCGAAGGAGGUGUUGGAGUAUUGGCGUAAAAGGACGGAUGAAAAGAUCGGGGACAGGGAAGCGUUCGAAGGCGUCAUAGAAAAUUUGGUGAAGCAUGCGCGCAAGGUUCGAAAAUGAUGGCACGAAGGCAGAUAUGGAUUGUGACGAGAAGAAAAAAACAAUAGGCCCCUUUUCUUUGCUGCCAAAACGUACAUUAUUUAUGUAUGUACCCCCUACAUGAUGAGCCUUCCCAUGUGUGUCGCCAUUCUCUUAAGGCGCCACCUACAACAAAAGCUGUAUGCCAUCGCUCUACAACCAUGACCGUAGACUGAAGGCUAUGCAAUUUUUGUUUGUUGGCAAUAUCACCAUGUGGCCUAUCUACGACCUGUAUCUUGCCAUCCCUACCCG